UAUUAAUAUUUGCACUUGUUUGUUGCGUGGUUUGGCCAGCAUCAAGUCGCCCGCAAGCUCUCAUCCACGACUCCUCCCCUCUCCACAGCCCCCAUCGACCCCGCAAUCAUGGCAAGUAAAGCAGCCCACAAACGUCUCGCCAAAGAGUAUGUGAGCAUGCAGAAAGAGCCGCCCCCAUUUGUUUGGGCAACACCCGAUGAGAAGAACAUCUUGACUUGGAAUUACCUUAUCCGCGGUCCUCCCGAUUCGCCUUUUGCUGGUGGGGAGUAUCACGGUGUACUCAUUUUCCCCGCCGAAUACCCCUUCAAACCACCGGGCAUCAAGAUGUUUACCCCUUCUGGUCGAUUCCAACCUGACAAGAAGAUUUGCUUCUCCAUGUCCGAUUUCCAUCCUGGUACCUGGAAUCCCGCCUGGAGUGUCGCCACGAUACUGACAGGCUUGCUAUCGUUCAUGCUCUCUGACGAGAUGACCACCGGCUCCGUGACAUCCUCAGACGGUCACAAACGAGCAUAUGCCGCUCGAAGUCACUCUCAUAAUUUGACACAAUCAAGAUUCAGAGAAGCCUUCCCAGACUACUGUACAGAUACUCUCCGAGAUCUACCAAAUAUGGGCGAGCGGGAGAGGGGGAAACCAGAUACUGCAGCCACACCCACUUCACCUAUGAGCCCUAGUCCGUUUUCUCCCUCUAUCUCAAGAUCUACCACAGCGACGCACCAGCUACAGGUGUGUGAUAAACAGCCGGCAGUACAGGCUCCCGCUACCACGACGACGUCGCACGCAAGCGAUGUCGUGAAUACCACUAGUUUGGCAUCUACAAACAAGCCAACUACGACACCGCAAGGGUGGACAGGGCAGCUGCGCCAGGUCUUGUGGGAGAAAUGGAGAUGGGGUGUGCUGAUUGCUUUCGCCGUCAUUGUGUCGCGGCUGUCAUCGAGUCCUUGA